GAACCGGGUGGAACUAGAGAUACAUCAAUAUCAUCACGCUUACAUUGGACAUAUUGGCAAGAUUCAAUUGCUUGGUUUUUUAGUGUACCAUUCAAUAACUUUGUAUUGAUAUUAGAUAUGUUAUUUUAUCAUAUAUAAUCAAAUUAAUGUGUUCAAACGACUGUUAAUGCUGAUGACUACCGCCCAAAGGAGAGUUACUCAUAUGACACCCUGAUUUCAUCAAAGGAAAGCUCACACAACGUUUAUUCAAAAAGGGAUUUCCGAAGCUUGUCUUGGAGGAAUAUAUAGACAUUUGUAUCUAAAGAAUGGCUAUCAACACGGAUGCCGCAUUUGGUAAAAGCGCCCUGGGGGAGAGGGAAGUCUCACAUCCCACCGACUUCCAAGACACAGAGAAACUCCUGAGCGCCGUGACCACCGAACCCACCGGGGAAAGCAGCCUCAAACCGUCCGACACAUCUCUCAACUUGAGAAGCAGCAUCCAUUCCCUGAAUGCCGAGCAGACCGGACACCAAUCGCCAUUAAGGUCAGGCUCUGCGCCAGUGUCCCCGUCCCAGCUGAGCUUCGGACCCCCCCUCCUCCUCCUCCGCUCCCCGGUGCCACCCGGUUCAGAGCCACCGAGCUACCUGUGGCUUGCGGUGUUGUCCUGCUUUUGUCUUGCUGUGCCGGUGAACAUGUUCGCGCUGUGGUAUGCUCACAUGUCGCAGUCUGUUCUCCAGACCGGGGAUGUAGACGGAGCUAAGAGGCUGGGUCGUCUCUCUCUGCUGCUCAGCUGUAUCUCCAUGUUCCUGGGUGUGGCCGUCAUCAUCUUCAUAGUGGUCACGGGAGACAUCCUCAGAUUAAAAUAAAUGAGUAUUGAGUAGAGGUGGAACAAGCUUAAUACCAAAGAAAAGCAACACUGAAAACCGAAGUCAUGAAUGAAUUCAAGGCAAACCAAAGAAUAGAAGCCAUCACUUACAUUCUGCGAGAAUCUGCUCUGUUAUGAUCCAAAGCCCAAAGGGAGGAAAGUAGAAUGAGUGAAAUAUCUUUGACUCUAAGCAAGGCUACUCUGAAACAACAGGAAGAACUCUAUGAUCAAAUAAUGUAACUGUACUACCAUAAUCUAUUCACACGCAUUAUAAAGGUAUUUCAUAACAUAGGUACCAUAUACCAGUGUGCUUCCAUGUAUAAAGAGUAUAAAAAAGUCUUAACUGCUGCUGAGGCUCACAAUGGACUCUCAUGGUCGUCAUUCCUCCAGUGUCUCUUAGAAUGCAUCUCAAAUGGCACCCUAUUCCCUAUAAAGUGCACUACUUUAGACCUGGGCCCAUCAAGCCCAUAGAGCUCUGGUCAAAAUUAGUGUACACAGUGCCUUGCAAAUA